AUGUUUGAAACAAAAAUGUUUUCUAUUUCGCAGCCACCCAACGCAAUUUGUUUGCAAAUUGAAGGAAUUUUACGUAUCAAGAUUAAUGAGGCUCAUAACGGCUUUCAAAGCCUACAUACUUAUGAAGUCCAAUUUAGGAUUUCCUUCCGUGUUAUGAUAUCAGAUAUCUAUCUUUUCUCAACAAUCUCAACACGUAUAAACAUCAAGCUCAGCUACAUUUAUGAUUGUGUUUGCAAGAUGUUUUAUGAAUCCUUACAUCAGAAUUUGCCAAAACGAUGCUUCGUAAGGUUUGUGAUUGAUGUAAUGACCGUGUGA